AUGGCGGAGAAGGGAGAAAAGCGUCGAUCAGUGAAGCAGAGGAUACGCGACACGAAACGCCUUCUCAGUAAGGAGGACCUGCCGGAGACGGUUCGACUGAGUAAGGAGAGAGUACUGAAAUGCCUGGCCACCGAGCUGCAGGAGCAACAGCAGGUGGUCCGGGACAAGAAGAUGAACAAGAAGUACCGGAUGGUGAAAUUCUUCGACAAGAGAAAAGUUAUGAGGCGACUGAAAGUCCUUCAGCGAGAGUGGAACGGUACUACUGACCACACCAAACGAAGAGAAUUGCUGCUGUCACUGAAGCAGCUCCGAAACGAACUCAACUACAUUGUGCAUUAUCCAGCAACUGAGAAGUAUCUGGCUCUCUAUCCCAGUACAGAGAGCACAGACAGACAAGCCCUGGAAAGGAAGGAUCACCUCCUGGGUCAGGUGGCAGAGAUGGUGGCAAGUGGAGAGCUAACUGAUGCCUCCUCAUCUUUCCUCCCACCUGAUCUGAUAGCACAGCUCUCUGGCCAACCUUCCGGAAAAGAGCCAGUUCAUUCCUCACUCCCAGCAGUGACACAGAGAGUGGCAGUGGGAAGUGAUGCUUCUGGGGAUAAGAAGAAAGAGAGUGUGAAGCAAGUGAAGGCAUUGGGUAAAAGAAGAAAGAGAAUUUGCAAAGCUGCUGUGGAUGAAGAGCCUGAGGGAGGCCUAGAGGUAAAGAGACACUUAGCCACCGAAGACGAUUUCUUUUUGCCCCGUGAUGAUUCCGCCAGCAGCUGA